UGGGGUUGACGAUGAUAUUUUGAUUUUAAUGGCAGCAGAUUUCCAUUAAUAUCUCCGGAAGCAGCCGCCGUGCGAAGCUGCGUUUUGCACCGCUGGGAAUCGAACAUCUGUAUCAACCAGUGUCUGACGGUAGGACAGCCCCACCGUGACUGCGGAGCAAGUGCAGCGUCCCGUCAUGAGUGCAGAAGACCCCAACCCCGCCGCCACACCCACUCCCUGCGAGGACAUCCAGGGAGAUGGACGAUGGAUGUCUCUGCACAACCGCUUUGUGUCUGACAGCAAAGACAAAGAGCCUGAUAUCCUGUUUGUUGGCGACUCUCUUGUCCAGCUCAUGCACCAGUUUGGGAUAUGGAGGCAGCUGUUCUCUCCUCUCCAUGCCCUAAAUUUCGGGGUGGGGGGUGAUGCAACACAACAUGUGCUCUGGAGACUGAGCAAUGGCGAACUGGAUAACAUCAGCCCAAAGGUUGUUGUGCUGUGGGUAGGCACCAACAACCACGGCCACACUCCUGAACAGAUCUGUGAAGGCAUCAUGGUGAUUAUCCAAGUCAUCAAGAACAAGCUCCCCAAUGCCAACACGCUUGUGCUCGGAUUACUGCCCAGGGGUAAACUUCCAAACCCUCUGCGGGAGCGAAAUGCCAAAGUGAACGUGCUGGUGCAGGAGGCCGUAUCGACCCUUCCCCACGCCUCUUUCUUCGACGUCAACCCCGGCUUUGUCGCCUCCAACGGUAGCAUUUCCCACCAGGACAUGUACGACUACCUUCACUUGACUCCCCAGGGCUACCAGGUCGUGUGUCAACCCCUGCACGCUCAUCUCAAGUCCAUGCUAGAUAAACGUGCUGAGAAUUGAGCAGCCAGUACCUACACUACCACAGUGGUCCUCCUCCCUGUUCCCAGAGAGCAUCACAACCAUCAGUCAAUUAUUAAGGGCUAAGAGCUGCACACACUAUUUGUGCAAGUCCUCUCCAAGGCCAGGGUUGGUGACCACUGUUAGAGGUAAUGGGACCAUUAAGUUUUUGGUGUGUGUGAUACAGUCAAAAAUUAAAUGUACUGUGUGCUAUAGAGAGACAAAGUCCUGCCUCUAUCUAUUCCCGGUAAGCGUCUGUUCCACUAGUUUUUUGCUUCAAAAGUGUUUUUCAACAAAAAGGUUUAUUUAAUUUCUUUGCCACAUGACAUAAGGGGAACUAUUUGCAUUAUCCAUUGAGAUCAGAAUGAUUAUUAAUAACGGCUUUAAAAAGAUGCAGCAACUUGAACAUGCUGUAGGUCAAAACAUUUAUUCUGCACCUUUUUUAAACUUUUAUUUAUAAUGUUAUUCUCUCAUCUGCUACAGCUCUCCUCUAUCAGAGCAGCUUGAUUUACCUGGACUUUUUUAAGAAGAAACCUUCUAUGGCAAAAUAUCCUGUCAGAGUGGAGUUACUGGCACAUUAUUUGAGACAGGCUGGGAGACUGUAGCACUUAAGGUUCCAAGAAAUCUGAUAAAGAAAUCGACAAGAUACAAUAAAUGCCCUGUUAAAGAAAUUCCGUAAAUUUGUCUUUUGGUAUUCUCUGUUUCACUAAGUUUAAUGAAUUCAGUUUACUUGUCAAUAGCUUUAUAUGCUCUUGUUGUGAUGCCUUAUGUCUUUUUGUACAUGUUAAGUUGAAUGACCAAAUGUUUUUCACUGCCCGUUACUGCCUACUUGCGUUUCACGUCACGUUAUCAUUAUUGUCUUUGUACCUUUCUGCUUUACCCGUUGUGACAGUGACAGAUUUUGUUGUGAAAGGCUGUGUUUAUUUGAGUAGCUUGUGAAGUCACAUUAAUCCACCUAUAGUUGCUUGUGCUUCAGGUGCAGUCCUCUCUGAAAUGUAAUGUCCCAUUAGGUAAUCUGAACGGCUUACUUCACACUACAAUGCUUCUGAAUUAUGCCCCAGGGUGGCUGAUUGUGUAAGUGAUAGAAAAUGCAUUAAACAUGAAGACCAAAUGA